CUGGGGUGGAAGGUGCGCGGGUCAGAGUUCGGGAGAUGGCGGGCGGGGAGGGCCGCCACGUGCCGGAGCGCUGCCCCGCCCUAGCCCGUCAGUGACUCAGCCACGCGGCUGUCGAGGAACACAAGUUCGGGGGUCGUCAGAAUCCAGAGAUUCGAGAUGGAUGCUAGGGGACCGCAGUCCGCCCUGAAAGAGAGAAACGGACCCUUGUCCCGCUCCGGAGGCGCGCCGAGGGUCCUCGGCGCCCCUCCCCAAGGGACCGGAAGCGGCCAAGCCCCUCAGCGGCGAGGGUUUUGGAUGGGCUAAGUCGCCGAAGCGGCCAAGCCCCUCAGCAGCGAGGGUUUGGAUGGGCUAAGUCGCCGAAGCCAUCAGCAUCUCCUUCACGUUUGGCGGCGAGCAACUGAUCGCACACAAGUACUUUUUGGCAUAAGUUUUAUUGUAAAAGAAUAACCCAAUAUGCCCCAAGUAGAAGGGAUUUUCGUCUUAGUGAAAAAAGUUGCCAUCCUUGGAACUUUAGUAUUCUUCCGCUUUGAAAAAUUAGUCCCUACCGUCUGGUCCCGCGGGCACCCGCACUCAGUGACCUAGGCAGAGACGGACCAAGGGGCACGGCCAGUGACCUGAACCGCUGGCUCAGGGACGGGCAGGGCUGGGACUUGGGGCGAGGCCCUGGGCUGAGCCGACCCAGGGAAGGGAUAAUCCCCUGGAGUGGGAUGCUCUCGAAUGAGACCUACCUGUGCUGGGGACAAGUGUCCCAGGUGGGCACUUUCAGCCCUUCUGAAAACGGCCUGGUAUUUUGUCAAAUUCCUUCUAGCUCGCAUAUUGCUUAAAUAAGUAAUAUUAAGAGUGGAGAGGUGGCAGCGCGCACGCCUGCGCUCCCGCCCCUUCCGCCUGGCGGGAGACACGUACCCCGCCCGCCCGCCUUCCUUCCCAAGAAGGUCCCUAUCCGUCUGGCCCGGCGCGCGCCCGCGCAGCCGGCCGCCAGCCCCAACUGCCCCACGCGCCAUUCCUCCCUGCCCCGGCGCAGGCGCGGGCGCACGCGCCGCCGCCGCCCGCCGUUCCUUCCCUCCGGCGGAGGUGGGGGAAGGAGGAGUCGUUCUGUUUAACCCUGGGUUCSCCGAACUCGCUUUAAUUUGCUCAAUUUGCAUUUUGCUAAUUAUUCCUCCUUUCUCUUUUACGUUCUCUGGCUCACCCCUUUCCCCUAUACCAAAGUCUAGUUUGUAKUCAAUGCCGACUGGGGCAAGACCUAAUCUUAUCCUUUCCCCCGCCACCCCCCACCCCCAGCCAUUUUCAUAGCUUUCCAUCGAACUCUGCAAAUUUUGCAAUAGGGGGAGGGAUUUUUAAAAUUGCAUUUGCAAAGUUCGGUAUCUGGGCAGACGGGGGGAGGGAGAGAAUGGGGAGCAGGCCCCGCCCCUACCGCCCUUUGCAAAUAAAAAUCCAGGGGGGGGGGGGAGGAGCAGGAAGUGGCGGUGCGAGGGCUGCUGCACAGCUAGCAGAGCUGCGGUCCGGACGGUAGCGCGUGCCCCGAGCUCUCCGCCUUCCCCCGCCCGCCAGUCCGAGGCAGCCCGAGCCCAGCCCGCGGCCCCAGCAGCAGCKCCGAGAGCAGUCCCAGCAGCAGCGCCAUGGCCGGGUGGAACGCCUACAUCGACAACCUCAUGGCGGACGGGACCUGUCAGGACGCGGCCAUCGUGGGCUACAAGGACUCGCCCUCCGUCUGGGCCGCCGUCCCCGGGAAAACCUUCGUCAACAUUACGCCAGCUGAGGUUGGUGUCCUGGUUGGCAAAGACCGGUCAAGUUUUUUCGUGAAUGGGCUGACACUUGGGGGCCAGAAAUGUUCUGUGAUCCGGGACUCACUGCUGCAGGAUGGGGAAUUUACCRUGGAUCUUCGUACCAAGAGCACCGGUGGAGCCCCCACCUUCAAUGUCACUGUCACCAUGACUGCCAAGACGCUAGUCCUGCUGAUGGGCAAAGAAGGUGUCCACGGUGGUUUGAUCAACAAGAAAUGUUAUGAAAUGGCUUCCCACCUGCGGCAUGCCCAGUACUGACCUCUUCUGUCCCUUCCCUCACCACUCCCCACAGCUUUUGCACCCCCUCCUUCCCAUACACAGACACCAUUUUUAUUUUUUGGGCCAUUACCCCAUAUCCCUUAUUGCUGCCAAAACCACGGGCUGGGGCUGGGGCCGGGGCCGGGGCUGGAUGGAAAGAUACCUCCCCCUUACCCAUACUCCUCCUGUGUGUGGUUGGAAAAAAAUUUUUCUCAUUUUUUUUGUGUUUUGGAUUUUUUUUUUUU